UUAUGAUAUUGCAUCGUUGCAAUUUUUUUAUGAUAUUGCACCCGAUAUGUCAUAUUUCCCCCCUUAAAGUAAUCAUCUUCAUUAUCUUCACAGGGGAGCAACAUCGGACAGUCCUGAAAUACAUAGAUAUUUAUUUUUCUUCCGUUUUUUUCCUCUCUUUCCCUCUUUCAAGACUACUCGAGGAGACUUACACGUCAGACGAAGUGGUGGAGCUGCUGGAUUCCCUUGCCGAGGUGGUGCGAGCCGAAGUGGAGGGGGAGCUGAUCCACGCCACACACACCAACUCGGUCCUCCUGUCCAAUGUCUUCGCGCAGGCUCAGAAGUGGCAUCUCGAACUCUGCGUCGACACUUCGAAUCUCGAGAACCAAGAGCUCCUUGAGGACGUCCGCAAGUUCGAGGAGGCGGAAGCUCAAGGGCGCCUCGGGAUCGACAAGAAGCCUUCUGCGAGGACCCUGGCGCCUCUCGGGGAUCAAGAGAGACCGAUGGCGCUCCUGCACGCGGAGAUAAAGCGACUGACGGAGGAGAACGGCGAGAUGAAAAGGAGGCUGGAGCAGGCGGAGAGCAAGGCCACUGACUUAGCCAAGACCAAAGCCGAACUGAGUGUGACGCUACAGACGACCAGCGACGAACUUGGCAGAGUGAAAAAGACGGUUUCUUCAAGGCCGACGCUCGAGGAAGUGUCUGAGCUGUCCGACGAAGUGGAAAAGAUGCGGCUCGAACUGAGCACCAAGGUCGAGGAGAAGGAAGCCACGCAGGAGCAGCUUCAGAAUGACCUCUCUCUCUCGAAGCAGAAGCUGGCGCAGGUCAAGUCUCAGCUGCAACUUGCGGAGAAGGAACUGGAGAAGAAAUUUUCGCAGACGGGAGCCUAUCAGAACAUGAAGAAGAUGUUGGGGAAUAAGAACGACCAGAUAAAAGUCCUCAGGAAGAAAUUAGAGAUUUACGAACCAUCAAAAGAAGACAUUAUCGAAGAUGCAAGAUACAACUUGAUUCUGGUCAGAUUUUGCUGA